GGCGCCGUUGGACAUACAGCAAAAACAGCAAACUAACUUUCCUUGUAGUCCGGUCCUUUCUAAUUAAUCAAAAUUAAAUACCUAAAAAUUAAAAAAUUAAAACCAAAAUAAAAAGGAGGUUUUUAAAAACGUUACUGCGAGAAGACUCCUUCAGCUUUCAUGGUGGUGGUGGACUUUGACACGGUGUGACAGACUUACGAUUCCGGCGGUGGAAGAACAAAUUUCCGGUGGAUCUGCUCUGUCUUUUGGUUCUAUAAUAACUCUCACGAUCUUCUUCAAAAAGGGCCAGCUUCAAUGCUUAAUAGUUCGUCCACUCUCCCCUGAUAAGCUCCCCCCCUGUGAUCUCCGUGAGUAUUGUGUAAAAGUCUUCACACUUUAAUUAUUUUGUGUGUGAUGUUCAACGUGUUCACUUGAAAAAAGUGCAUUAAUCGUGGAGAUCUGCUCUGUCAAUGUGUCCCCAUUUAGGAUUAUUUUCGGUGGGAGGGUAGUUGAAAUGGGUUUUAUGUUUUAUUUUAUUUUAUUUUUUAUAAUUUCCAACCAAAAAUGAUAUUGGUGUCUAUAAUUCCGUGGAAGACAAAAUUCUUCUGUAAUAUGUGUUGUCGAGUGAUAAAUUGUGGUUAAUAGCCUUUCUCUUAUGUGGGUUUUUCUACAGUGCAAAAAAAUUCAGUUAUUUGAGUUUUCAUAUGCUAUAAAUGGCGACUGUAUGUUUUCUAUUUAUCAGUUUGAUAGUCAAUUGAGAUGUUGAUGAUGGAUAUUUGAGCUGUACCGAAGAACAUGAUCCGGCAUUUUGUUUCGAUGUUAUUAUUGGCAUUUUGUUUCAAUGUUAUGAUUGGGUCUUAUGAUUUGUGCAUGUUAAUAUUUUUACAUAGAUGUAUACUGAUGCUUGGGCUUUUGUACUUUAGAAAGCACUGGUCUUGUUAGUAUUAAUUUCAGCAUAUUUUUGUACGGAGUUGCAAGGAUAUUGCAGUUAUUGGAACCAUAGAUGUUUACAUGAAUGCCUUCUUUUUACAAUCAAUGGCCUUUCUUGAUUAUAAUUGCAGCUGCCAAAUAAAAGCCUCGUACAGGUGUUUGGUUGCCUUGAUUUGUUGGUUAAAACACGGAAAUGAUCUAAAAAGUUGCUUUAUUUAAGCACCUUGUGCUGAAACUAACAUAAAAUUUCUGCCUUUUGUCUCUACUGUUAAUAGUUACAUGGCUUAUCCCAAUUUAUAUGACCGGCCAGAUGGAUCACAUCUUGCCAAUAUUUCUCUAGAUAUAUUUUCAUCUGCAUUCUCUAUGCUCUGGCUAAUCCUGGCAUUGUUGUUUUGUAGAUUGCUCUGACGCAAACAAUCAGCAGCCUUUUCCUCUGCAUACCAUGCUUAAAAGAUUACCUCUUGAUAGUGGAUACUUACAGUCAGUUGCAUCUUGUAAAAUAUAGGCAGGAGUUUAUGAGGAAACAUUGGUUUUCCCAGCUUUUGUAAUCUCCAAGACUAUGGUGUUUGGAAAAUUUGCAGAAAUUUUUUCUUCUGCAGCAAGCCGUCUUUCAGCACCUAAAUCUUCUAAUGUUGGACAUCUUUCACCCGGAUUGCCCCCUUUGCCAGGAUCUCAUCGUGGGGUUGGUUAUACCAGCAUUGGCCAAAAGAACAAUCUGCGACUGUCAUCAUCCCUUCAAGAUUUUUCUGCUUAUCGGCAACUUGAUUUAGAAGAUGGUGAUAGUGCUAUUGAUUUCCAGAAUAACUCUACUGUAUCAAAACAGGUUAAUCUUCUGCAGAAAGAAAGUGGUGGGUCAAGUUUUUCCAAGGAGAAAGCUGCCCCAGGGAUUGGUUCUACACGAAAAAAAUGGAUUAGAGUCAGCUUGGUUCUCCUGUGCUUAUUUUUGUUUGCAUGUCUUGUUUAUGUGGCACAAUAUUUGUAUUUUAGUUGGUCUCAAGGGACAGCCAAGUAUUAUGUUGUGCUUGAUUGUGGUAGCACUGGCACCCGUGUCUAUGUCUACCAAGCUUACAUGAAUGGGAAAAAUGAUGGUAGCCUCCCAAUUUCAUUGAGAUCACUGCCUGAAGGGUUUCAAAGAAAAUCUGGUUCUCAGAGUGGGCGUGCUUACAAUCGAAUGGAGACUGAGCCUGGAUUUGAUAAGUUGGUACAUAACAAAUCUGGGUUGAGGGGCGCAAUCAAACCUCUUAUCCACUGGGCAGAGAAACAGAUUCCAGCUCACGCGCAUAAGUCUACCUCUCUCUUCAUGUACGCGACAGCUGGGGUUCGCAGGUUGCCAAGUUCAGACUCAGAAUGGCUUCUGGACAAUGCUUGGUCCAUUUUAAAAGGCUCCUCUUUCUUGUGUAAGAGAGAGUGGGUUAAGGUUAUCUCUGGCAUGGAGGAAGCAUACUUUGGAUGGGUUGCUUUAAAUUAUCAUACUGGUGUUUUGGGAGCCAUGCCUAGAAAACAAACCUUUGGUGCACUUGAUUUAGGAGGCUCUUCGUUGCAGGUUACUUUUGAGAGUAAGGAUGGGAUUCAAGAUGAAACCAGUUUAAAGCUAAGCAUUGGCUCUGUUAAUCACCACCUUAAUGCCUAUUCUUUGUCGGGAUAUGGAUUAAAUGAUGCUUUUGACAAAUCUGUAUCUCAUCUGCUGAAGAAGCUUACUCUAGCGGGUGAUGUGAAUCUUCUUGGUGAAAACAUUAAAGUUAAGCAUCCUUGCUUGCAAUCUGGUUAUGAGGAGCAGUAUUUCUGUUCUCAUUGUGCUUCUCUUUAUGCAGAAGGCGGGACUCCGCCUACUGGGCAAAAAAAGAUUGAGAAUGGAGGAAAACCGAAAGUACCUAUUCAGCUUGUCGGUGAUCCAAAAUGGGAAGAAUGCAGUACACUGGCUAAAGUUGCUGUGAAUUUGUCUGAAUGGUCUGAUCAAAGUUCUGGAAUUGAUUGUGAAUUGCAGCCUUGUUCUCUAGCUAGCAAUCUACCACAACCUUAUGGCAAGUUUUAUGCUAUGUCUGGCUUCUUUGUGGUGUAUCGGUUUUUUAACCUGACAGCUGAUGCUGCACUGGAUGAUGUUUUAGAGAAGGGCCGGGAAUUUUGCGAGAAAACCUGGGAUGUUGCGAAGAUCAGUGUUGCACCUCAGCCUUUUAUAGAACAAUAUUGCUUCAGAGCACCGUAUGUGGUGUCUUUGUUGAGACAGGGCUUACACAUUACUGACAGUCAAGUCGUUGUUGGGUCUGGAAGUAUCACUUGGACACUAGGUGCUGCUCUCUUAGAAGCUGGGAAAUCUGUUUCAAAAGGGUUGGAAUUACGCAGUUAUGAGAUUUUUCAGUUGAAGAUAAACCCAAUUGCUCUUUUUACCGUAUUGGCUAUUUCCUUGGUUGUUCUACUUUUUGCAUUAUCAUGUGUUAGUAAUUGGACACCCAAGGUUUUCCGAAGGCAAUAUCUCCCACUUUUCAGGCACAAUAGUGCUUCGGCCUCUUCAGUUCUGAGGUUUCAGCGUUGGAGUCCUAUCCGUUCAGGUGAUGGAAGAGGUAAGAUGCCGCUGAGUCCAACAAUUGGAAGCGGUUCACAGACACCAUUUGACAUAGGGCAUGGUUUCAGUGGCAAUGGAGUCCAGCUUACAGAAUCUUCAAUGUACCCCUCUUCCAGCAGUGUAUUGCACAGUUAUUCCUCAGGUACCUUGGGGCAGAUGCAAUAUGACAGUAGCAGUACAAUGAGUACCUUCUGGUCUCCACAUGGAGGCCAGAUGCGGUUACAGAGCAGAAGAUCCCAAUCCAGGGAGGACCUGAAUUCUUCUCUGGCUGAUGCGCACUUAGUGAAAGUUUAAAAAUGGACUUCAUUGAUAUGACUUGCUGGAAGGAUUCAUAACGUGCAUAAAGUUGAGAAACAGUAGUUUUUAUGGACCAAAUAGAUGUGGUCCCUAAAUUGGGGUCAGGGAGCAUCUUUCCUUGUCUUCAUACUGGAAUUCCUUUAUGGGUAAGGGCUUCUCUAGCAGCUGGUACUUUUGGAAAGAUGACUCUUGUACUCGAUAUUCCAGUGAGUACGGCCUCCAGAAAACUGCUGGUAGGCUAGUGAUGGAGCUUAUGGUGAUGCACUUGGACGAAAACUAGUGAUGAUGAUGAAUUACCAAUGUUGACAAGUUAAAGCUUUGUGAAUACUCCGACACGAACUUUAUUUUGGUUUUUUCUCCUAACUGGCUAUACAAAUAGGGCACUCACUCGGAAUUCAGUUGAUGCUGCUGAUUGUCUAGAGAGUUUAGAAGCAUUUAAUUAUUCUUCUUCUUUCCUAGAAGCUUUUAGUGUACGGCGCUGUCAGAGAGAUUGGAGCAGAUCAGCAGGUUGGCGUUGGAGGAUGGCACUGUGCCCUAUAAAUUUUGGUUGCUCACUGACGUAAGAUAUGUGAAAUUUCUUCAAUCUUCCAUUUAUACAUUCUUUUAAAACUUCAACUCAUUCAUAGAUUUUACACGUAUGGCAGAUUAAUUCCCUCUAUAGAGACUUUAUGUUUCUUUAAAUAAUUGAUGCGUUCUAUGCAAAUACAUGUCUUGAGCAUGUUGGAUCACUGUGUUUUCCGUAUUGGAAUAGUAUGAUGGUCGUAGAAGGUGUAGCGUUUAGUUUUCUCACUGAAUGAUGGUGUUGCAUUUGCUAGAAGAUUAUUAGUGCACAUUCAGAAUAAUUGAAGAAGUCUUUACAUUGUGAAAAGGUAACUGCAUCACAGCUAUUAGUGAGAAAUUUCAGUGCUUUGUUACCCCACUUGUCAUCGGUUGUUUGCUAUGGUAUUCGUCGUUUGGUGAAACCAACAGUUAUUUGGAAUUUAGAACCCCGGAUGUGUCUUGAACGUUGCUACUAAUUCCGAUUGUUUGAUCAUUGACCAUUGUAUAUUAUGUGCCUGUAAUUACGGCUGCUGACAGAUGGAUUUAGUUAUUUCCAUCUCUGAGUUCAAUUUGAAGUUAUGCUUUUCUUGUCUUCGUUUAACCUAAAGGUCCUGAAGCGUCU